AGCCCAACCCACCAAAAUUUAAAAUAAGUUAAAAAAAAAAACUUGAAGCAAGUUCGUUCGAUCGAUUUCCUUGGCGGCGACGACUUCCCGACGUCUACAAAAGCGUCCUACAAACCGGCUUCCAAUGGCUCUCCUCACUAUCUCCUCAGCCUACACCCCUCCUCUUCCCUCCCAUGCUUUAGCUUCGCAGCUAACCUCGCCCAUGCCUCCCGUCCUUUCCCUCCAUCGCCGCAUCGUCUCCCUAGCUGUCGCCGCCGCCUCCGCCUCCGUCCGGCAGGACUCCUCCACCUGGACCCCUGCCCCUCUCUCCCUCGUCCGUGCCGCUUCUUCGGAUUCCUCUCUAUUUCACAUCUCCGUCGACGUCUCCGACUACCCCGAUCUGGUCUCCGCCCAUACCAAAGCUGGUCAGUACCUCCAACUCCGCCUUCCUUCGGCCGCCCACGCCAAGCCCACCUUCCUCGCCAUAGCCUCCCCGCCAUCCCUAGCUGCCGCCCGCGGCGAGUUCGAGUUCCUUGUCAAGAGGGUCGAGGGAUCCACUGCCGACCUUCUCUGUUGCCUCAAGAGCGGGGAUGUCGUCGAGAUGAGCGGCGUCAUGGGGCAAGGAUUCGAGAUCGACCGGAUUUCCUCGACAGAAGACGCACAGACAAUCAUUAUCUUCGCUACUGGAUCGGGGAUUAGCCCUAUCCGUUCUCUCAUUGAGUCAGGUCUUAGUGCAAAUGAAAGGCCAGAUGUGAGACUUUAUUAUGGAGCUAGAAAUCUUCAAAGAAUGGCGUAUCAGGAUAGGUUUAAGAAUUGGGAGUCUUCGGGGGUUAAAAUUGUUCCUGUUUUGUCCCGGCCAGAUGAUAGUUGGAAAGGUGAAAGAGGUUAUGUGCAGGCCGUUUUUUCAAGAGCCAAACAAAUAUUAGAUGCUUCAUCAACUGCAGCAGUUCUCUGUGGGCACAAAGCCAUGACUGAGGAACUUACUUCAGUGCUGAUGGCCAAUGGUGUGCCACAUGAUAAAAUUUUGAAGAACUUUUAAUCGUCGUAGGGAUUCUUUCCUUUAUCAUUUUUUUUUGGUGUGUGUGAAGCCUAUUGUAGAAUAAUGGCUAUGCACUACAUUUACUGUAUAUUUGCCUGUUUUGAAUUUAUAGCAGGCUCAUUUGUAUCAUCAAAUUAGUUUUGAGUUAUUAAACAAGAAAAAUUCAUAAUAGCAUUUUUAUUUCCUUCAUUGUAUA